AUGGCGCAACAAUCAAUCAUGUCAAAUUCACCACCAUACAAUAAACUCAAACGAUCAAUCACCCACGAUCGGUAUGAUGACCUUGAAGACAAUAUCAUCUUCGAUAAGUCAGAUGCCGACGGUUUGUCUGGACCUCACUAUGAUGCUUUUGUUAUCACUUUACGUAUCACAGAUACUGAUGUAAAAGGAAUAAUGACUUUUGGAGAAAUAGUGCUACCCGUCCUAGCCGGAGGAGUCACUCUGGAAAUGACAUUUCACGUCAUGAACCAGGAAACAACUUACAAUGCCAUCAUAGGAUGUCCAUGGAUACACGCCAUGCGAGCGGUCCCUUCCAAUCUCUAUCAAGUGAUCAAGUUUCCAACCCCAUGGGGAAUAUUCAGCAUUCGAUGGGAGCAGCGCACCACACAAGAAUGCUAUCGCAUCGCCCAAGAUUGCGCACAUACCCAACAACUCAAAGGAGCGAGUACGGAAGCAUAG